AAUCGGAAAUUUGCCAUCUCCGAUAAAAUUAAUGCCUAAUCGGCUGGAUUUGGCGCUCGGGAGGUUAAUCGGCAUUAAUCGCCGAUUAAUCGGCGAUUAAUCGGUAGGCGAUUAGUAGGCGAUUACUCGAUUAAUCGAUUAAAAGGAGAUUAAUCGGUUAAAAGGCGAUUAAUCGGUUAAAAGGCAAUUAAAAGGGGUAAAAUCUGUAUUUUUAGAAAAUGAAGGGGGGUAACUGUAAUUUAUGUCUCAUACCCAGUUAAAAUGGAUUCAAUUCCUUCGAAUCCCGUUUACUGUGUUUAGGGCUUUGUUACCCAGACCACUCUCGAUCGAUCUUGGACUUGGACCGAAGCCGCCGACGUCGCCUGCCUUCGCCGCCGCCGCCGCCGCCUGCCAUCGCCGUCGCCUGCCGUCGCCGUCACCUUCCAUCACCAUUGCACUGCUGUAAUUUCUCUCUCUCUCUCUCGAAUCCUCGGUCCCUCUCCCUCUCUCGUAUGGCUCUCUCUCUCACAGUUUCUCUCUCGCACUGCUGUAACUCAUUUUUAUUUUGUAAGUCCAUAAACUCCAGUCACUCGACUCACUCCAUACCGGCCGGCCAUGUCUGGACAGUGGCCAAAAUGGCAAAAUGUUUUUUUUUUAAAUCUUAAAACAAAGUGUUGUCAGUAGUGUUGUUUGGUGUUAACAAUUAACACAAAGUGUGAAAUCUUAACUUAUAAUCAUGUUAACACUUACCAAUUUCUUGACUUUCUUCUCUGUUUUUUUUUUUUUUUGGUUUUUUUUGUGUGUUACUGUGUAGACUAUAUUGAUAUCAAAUGUCAAUGGAUCCCACUCAUAUUCCAUCUUCAGAGGCCUCUAAUUCUGAGCCAGUAUUGAAAAGAAAAUCGGAUGAUGUUGGAUGGGAGUAUGGAGUUAUUGUGGAUGUUAAAAAUAAGGACCGCCUAAGAUGCAUUUUGUGUGGGAAUCAGUAUACUGGAGGGGUUAGUAGGAUGAAAAAACACAUAGCUCAGGUUAAGGGAGAUGUUGCCGCAUGCACUAAGGCAAGCAAGGAAGAUAUAUUAAAGUGUAAGAAGGCACUUGAUGAGACAGCAGCUAAAAAGAAAGAGAAGAAGCAAGGAGGCAUUAAUCUUAGGGAGGAAGUUAAUAUAGUACAUGAAGAAGGUGAUGAAUUUGAAGAUGAUGAAGUUGAGCAUGUAGGUUCAAGGAAGAGGCCCCAUGUUCUUGGUCCCCUAGAUAGAUAUAUAGAGAUCAAUCCUGGUUCUUCUGACACGACUACGAGUGGAUUCAAGAAGGUAAAACAACCAAAUAUAAAAGAUUCAAUUUGGAAGAAGAAGAGUCAUGAAGUGAAUCAAUACUUGGCUCGAUGGGUGUACGAAGCCGGUAUUCCAUUUCAUGCCAUAGACAAUGAUAGUUUCAAACGUUUUGUUGAAGCGGUUGGCCAAUUUGGACCGGGAUACGAACCUUCAAGCCAAUACCAACUAAGGGAGCCAUUGUUGAAGGAGGAGGUGGAUAGAACAAAAAAAUUACUCAAGAGGCAAGAAGAAGAGUGGGCUUUGACGGGUUGUUCUAUCAUGACGGAUGCUUGGACCGAUCGAAAGAGGAGAAGCAUUAUGAACUUGUGCGUUAACUGUAAGCAAGGGACUUGUUUUCUUUCUUCGAAGGAAGAUUCGGAGGCAUCACACACAGGGGUGUAUAUCUUUGAAUACGUUGACAAGUUCAUUGAAGAUAUUGGGGCACAAAAUGUAGUUCAAGUAGUCACGGAUAAUGCAUCCAACAAUAUGGCAGCGGCGGAUUUGCUAAAGAUCAAGAGGCCUAACAUAUUUUGGACCUCAUGCGGCACUCACACAAUAAAUCUCAUGCUUGAAGGAAUCGGUAAGCAAUCCAAGUUUAAAGGAAUUAUUGAUAAGGCUAAGGCGUUCACUAUUUUUGUUUAUGCUCAUCAUAAUACAUUGGCGAUGAUGAGAAAAUAUACGAAGAGGAGAGACAUAGUGAGGCCGGGUGUUACUAGAUUCGCGAUAGCCUUCUUGACUUUGCAAAGCUUGAUGGAAAAGAAACAAGAAUUGCGGGCAAUGUUUAGUAGUGACGCAUGGGACAAGAGUAAAUGGGCGAAGAGCCCAAAGGGGAAAACGGCAUUUGCUACCGUGAUGAGUACGGCAUUUUGGAAUGGUGUGACCUUAUGCUUGAAAGUGUUUGGUCCAUUGGUUAUGGUUCUUCGACUUGUUGACGGGGAUCGGAAGCCCUCAAUGGGAUUCGUAUAUGGUGAGCUCAAAAAUGCAAAAGAAGAGAUCAAAGGGGCAUACAAGCAAGUUGAGACUAACUACCGGCCAAUACUAGAUGUCAUUGAUGGGAAAGCCAAGGGUCGGUUAGAUAGUGCGUUGCAUUUGACGGGUUACUUUUUAAAUCCUUUUUACUUCUACAAAGAUCAUACCAUUCAAGAUGAUCCUAUCAUUAUGGAUGGGGUUCUUACUUGUGUUGAAGCUUUUUUUCCCGAUGAUGUCAAUGUUCAAGAUGAAGUCAUCAAUAGAGAGUUGUUGAAGUACAAGAACAAAGAAGGUGGAUUUGGAAGACCAUUAGCCACAAUGGGAUGUGCGACGAACAAUGACUCUUAUGAUCCGGUUGGAUGGUGGUCUAACUAUGGCAAUCAUACACCCAAUUUGAAAAGAAUGGCCACUCGAAUUCUCUCUUUGACUUCAAGUUCAUCGGGGUGUGAGAGAAAUUGGAGCACUUUUGAGGGAAUACAUACAAAGAAAAGGAACAGACUAGAUGCGACAAGGUUGAACAAUCUAGUGUAUGUCCAAUUCAAUGCCAGACUCAUCAACAAUAAAAGAAAGGGGAAUGAUGUAUUACGUGCUAGUGAAGCAACACAUGCGCAAGGAUGGAUUGUGGAAGGUGGUGAUGUUGAUGAAGAAGACCCGGUUUCGGGACUUACAUGGGAGAUGAUCGGGGAAGCUACGGGAGCGGAUGAAGUCCUCCAACAUAGAAGAAGUACUAGAAAUGUGGGAGUACGAGAGCUACAUGAGGAAGAUUUUUUGUCGGAAGAUGAUCCCGAAGAGGAGGUAGAUGAGGAUUUUGAGUUUGAGUCCGAUGGAGACCAAGUUAUGGAUGGAUAUGGGGAAGAAGAGGAUGAGUAAAGAGUAAUUGGCUAGUAAUUCCGUACUUGAUUUUAUUUGGUUUGUAAUUGACUAGUAAUUUCGUAUUUGGUUUCCUUUGGUAUGAAGUUGAACUAUGAACAUUAAACUUCUCAUUGUAUUGACUAGUUAUUUCGUAGUACUUUACUACUUUUUCAUAAGGGUUGUCAUUGGGGUGUGUG